CUCAUCUCAUCAUGUCCGUCUCCGUUUCUCCUCCAGGUUGCGAGGCGUGCAGAGCGUAGCGGCCAUCAUGCCGCAGCAGAAGGACAUUGUGAGGAUCGCCAUCCAGAUGCCCGGGGCGUUACCGCAGCUCAUCCAGCUGGACCAGAAAAAGCCUCUGUCUGCGGUCAUCAAGGAGGUCUGUGACAGCUGGAACCUUCCGGGUCCCGAGAACUACGCCCUGCAGUACGAUGGAGUCCAGAUGUACAUCACCGAGUCGAACCGCCUGGACAUCAAGAACGGCUGCAUCCUGCGUCUGACCAAAGCCCCGGGUCGCUGUGCCGACGACCUUCACAAGGGCAUCCAGAGCUCGGACGGCGGCGUGCGCUGCGACUCGCUGAAGGAGCUGGCGAGCGUCUCGCGGGACGUGACCUUCGCUCAGGAGUUCAUCAACCUGGAUGGACACAACCUGCUGGUCAAGAUAGUGGAGGACUCCAGAGAGAGCAACCAGAUCAUGACUCACACGCUGACCAGCUUCACGGAGCUGAUGGAUCACGGCAUCGUUUCCUGGGAGAACCUGUCCGCCGUCUUCAUCAAGAAGAUUGCCGGUUUCGUCAACUCCUCGUCCACAGACGUGUCCAUGCAGCAGGUGUCCCUGGACAUCCUGGAGAACAUGGUUCUGAGCAGCCGCCAGCUGUUCCUGCAGGUCAAGCAGGAGGUCACCAUGGAGAGGCUGGUCGCCCACCUGCAGGUGGCGAACCAGCAGAUCCAGACCAAAGCCAUGGCUCUGCUCAUGGCCUUACUGCAGGCGGCUGAGGACGCAGACAGACAGGAAAUGUUUGCCUUCCUGAACAAGAAGAACGUCCGUCAGUACAUCUAUAAGGACAUCAUCCUGAGCUCCAGUCCGGUCCAGGAUGAGAUGGCCCACCACCUCUACGUCCUUCAGUCAGUCACACUGAACCACUUGGAGACGCGCAUGAGGACGCCAUUGGACUGCUACUGCCAGGAGCAGCGGGAUGCGCUGCACGGCCUGCGCCAGGCGGCGUUCGAGACGGACAGCGAGAACAGCCUGAGCAACGAGCGCCGCCGCUCGCUCUGCGCCAAGGAGUUCAAGAAGCUGGGCUUCUCUAACAACAGCAACCCGGGUCAGGACCUGGUGCGGACGCCUCCUGGUCUGCUGGCUCUGGACACCAUGUUUUACUUUGCGACUCGCUAUCCGGACGCCUACAGCAGGUUCGUCCUGGAGAACAGCAGCAGGGAGGACAAACACGAGUGUCCCUUUGCCCGCAGCAGCAUCCAGCUCACACUCAUCCUCUGUGAGAUCCUGCGCAUCGGAGACCCCCCCUCGGAGACGGGCUCCAGCUUCCACCCCAUCUUCUUCAGCCAGGACCGGCUGCUGGAGGAGCUGUUCUGCGUCUGCAUCCAGCUGCUCAACAAGACCUGGAAGGAGAUGCGCGCCACGCAGGAAGACUUCGACAAGGUGAUGCAGGUGGUGAAGGAGCAGAUCACCCGGACGCUGGCCAGCAAGCCCACAUCGCUGGAGCUGUUCAAGAACAAAGUCAACGCGCUCAACUACAGCGAGAUCCUGAAACUGCGGCAGACGGAGCGGCUGCACCAGGAGGAGACGCUGGCGCCGCCAGUCCUAGAGCUGAAGGAGCGCCUGAAGCCGGAGCUGCUGGAGCUGAUCCGCCAGCAGAGACUCAACCGGCUCUGCCAGGGAACCAUGUUCAGGAAGAUCAGCAGCCGGCGGCGGCAGGACAAACUGUGGUACUGCCGCCUGUCGCCCAAUCACAAGAUGCUGCACUAUGGCGACGUGGAGGAAGACGCAGAGAACCCGGCCAUCGAGACGCUGCAGGACAAGAUCCCAGUGGCAGACAUCAAAGGUUUGCUGACCGGGAAGGACUGUCCUCACAUGAAGGAGAACAAGGGCAAGCAGACCAAGGAAGUCCUGGAUUUGGCCUUCAGCAUCACCUACGAUGUGGAGGAGUGCAGCCUGAACUUCAUCGCCCCCUCCAGGACAGACUUCUGCCUGUGGACGGACGGACUGAGCGUCCUGCUGGGCCGGGACAUGAGCAGCGAGUCGAUGCGCAGCGAGCUGGAGAUCCUGCUGUCCAUGGAGAUUAAGCUCCGCCUCCUGGACCUGGAGAACGUCCCCAUCCCCGACAGCGCCCCCGCCGUGCCCAAACCGCCCAGCAACUACCACUUCUGCUACGACUUCAGCCAGACGGAGCAGUAGGCCGGCUCUGGACGGGCUCUGGUUCUGGACGGGCUCUGGCCCAUCCAUCCCGGCUC